AUGUCAUGUCCAAACACUAGCACCCAUUCUCACCCUCCUGCCUUCCUCCUGGUCGGCAUCCCUGAACUUCAGGAGGCCCAGUUCUGGAUCACCUUCCCUUUCUGUAUCAUGUAUGUCAUUGCUGUGCUGGGAAAUGUCAUUGUUCUCUUCAUUAUAUACAUUGAGCCAAGCCUGCAUGAGCCCAUGUACCUCUUCCUGGCCAUGCUGGCAGUCACCGAUCUGGUUCUGUCCACGUCCACCCUGCCCAAAAUGCUGAACAUCUUCUGGCUGGGCUCCAGGGAGAUCAGGUUCCAUGCCUGCCUUACCCAGAUGUUUUUUGUGCAUGCUUUCUCAUCGGUGGAGUCAGGCGUACUCAUGGCCAUGGCCUUGGAUCGCUAUGUGGCCAUCUGCUGCCCUCUCCGGUACUCCAGCAUCCUGUCCGUCCCAGUCAUAGUGACAAUAGAAAGCCUGGUACUGGCAUGUGGAGUCCUUCUGGUGAGCCCCUUCUCCCUCCUUGUCAGCAGGCUGCCCUUCUGCCAGCACUGCCUCAUCUCCCACUCAGUCGUGAAGCUCGUGUGUGGGGACGUUAGAGUCAGUGUCAUUUAUGGCCUGUUUGUGGCUUUUAUGGUGGUUGGGAUUGACUAA